ACUUUUCCUUUCCUCAAUUUUUCAAGACUAAGCUGAUCAAGCCGUGUUAUUAUACAACUACUAUCUUUGUAUUCUUCACAAUCAAUUCUAUUAGCUACAAAUAAGUUACUCAUAAUUUUUAUUUAUUUAUAGAAUCGAUUAUAUAAUGAUUUACUUAACUAGUCCAUACACUAUACCUCUACCUUUCAUUUUUGUUAGCAGAAAAUAGAAUAGAGCAUAGUUUCUUUCACUUGUCUUUUCAUUUACACUUUCAACAACCCACACAACAAGUUCUUCUUUUCCUCAACCAACUAUUCUUACCCUUCAUCUAAAAACCAUAAAUACAACUAGUAUUCAGUAUUCACUUGCACAAAAAACCACAAUAUACAAGCCUGCAAUGUUAACUGAGACCUUGCACCAUUCAGAUGAAGUUGUGACCAUGGACAACUCCCACCACUACUACAGCCAAGGCAGCACCACCACCACCACUGUGAGUGAGAUAGAGGAAGAGUGCUCCACCCAGUUGCACUUGAAUGAUGGUCCUAUGACAACAAUUAGUGAAGAGAAGGAGAAGGAGGGAGAAGAAGAAGAGCCUGUUUAUGUGGCAGUGGGUAAGAGCCAGACUAGCAUGGAAGCUCUGUCAUGGACCCUCAACAAUUUGGUUACUCCAUCUACUACACUCUAUCUCAUACAUGUUUUCCCAGAGAUCAAGCAUAUUCCCAAUCCUUUGGGAGUGGGAAUGGUUCCAAAGGACCAAGUGAGUACUGAGCAAGUGGAGAGCUAUAUGGCCCAAGAAAGAGGUAAGAGGAGGGAGCUUCUACACAAGUUCAUCCAAUUAUGCUCUGCUUCCAAGGUUAAGGUGGACACCAUUCUGAUUGAGAGUGACUUGAUUGCAAAGGCUAUCAUUGAUCUCAUUCCCAUUCUUCAAAUAAGAAAACUUGUGAUUGGAACAAACAAAUCCCAAUUAAGAAAACUAAGGUCUAAGAAAGGGAACAGCAUGGCUGAUCAGAUACUUCAGAAUGCACCAGAAAGUUGCAAGGUAAGAAUUAUAUGUGAAGGGGAGGAAGUAAAUCAACAGACAGCUAAUGAUACUUCAAUGUCCCACAAAGAAGAAGACCAGAAAAAUGAUUGGUUUUCAUCACUUUCAUGUAUUUGCUUUUGACUUUGGAGCCUAAUUUGUCAGAACAAUGAGUGUGUAAUGUGAAUUGCAGCACAAGGGAUGGCUACCUCAUUGAAUAUUAGUUUUAGAUUUUAGGCUAUGAAAGAUCAAUAGUGUAGAUGAAAAUGAAGUGCUUGAAAUUAACCAGAAUAAGCUUUUCAUACAACAUCAUCAGUUUAUGAUUUGCUUGGGCUGCCAAUAAUUUUAGUUUAAGGUAGUCCUCAUCUGUUAUCUAUUAUUGUAAUACACUAAAUUUGAAGAGCAAAGACAAAGUGUUGUCACUUCAA